AAAGGCGUUUAUGACCGUCAAUUUCGAAUAAUUCUAGCAAGUGUAAACAAAGUGUCAGAGUGGUUUUGACUCGAUUUUACCAGCGUUUUGCUUCUUAUAUAGAAAAUUCUGCCACAAGCGACUUAUUUAGCAUAUUUUUAAACACAGGGCACCAGGGAAAGCGUAGAAUUGAAGUCGUAAGAGAAAAUAUAGGCAUUCAAAUGAAGAUCCCCAUCGGAAACCAAGAUUGAUUCGCCUCGACAAAGAAUGUUUUCAUUUAGCUCUGGGAAGUUAUUUUGAAUUUAUUUUGUGACUAUGGUGAAGAAACGCAGACGGUGUAUCCACAUGGCGAAGUGGCUUCAGAUGCUGAGUAGGAUUUAACUGUAUCCAAGACGAACAGUUCAUCGUCGAAGACCCAAUGAGUGGGAAGAAGACGACCAUACUCUCGGGGCCAUACCGAGCUACGAAGUUGUGGAAUGAUGCUGUUAGAGGUUUCUACAAUGGCAUGCCAGUUUCUCGACAUUGGCGUGGACUCCGGCAGUAUGAACGGUGUUUUACGGCAUCUGAAGCGAUUGACUGGCUGCACGUGCAUCUCAAAAAUAAUCCCAACUUUGGCAGCAGUGUAUCGCGAGAACAAACAACCAAAUUGUUGAGGAAAUUUGUGAAAGCAGGGCUUAUUGAGGAUAUUCAUGGUAGCAGCUCUCAGUCAGAAAAUUUCAAGGAUAACAGAGAUUUGUAUAGGUUUUGUAACAAAUCACCACUGAAGGCACUUCGUACCCCACGAACUCCUGGUCGCAUUGCUUUGGGUACUCUCAGCUCUAAUAACCCCAGUUAUGUUGAUGCCAAUGAAGGAGCUUCUCCAGAGUUAAGAAAGAGAUGGGACAAUUCUCCCAAGCAGUUUCAGUUAAAAAAAUUGGACGAAAAUGUGAUCAAUGAAGCUAAGGAUAAUGGUGGUAUGCAAAAAUGCCACGUUGUUACCAAACCCUUAACAAAAGAGGAAACCAACAAUGUAUGGAAAUGGGUGUUUAUGGAGAGACUCGAUGCUAUUUGCAAGCGUUUGCUAUUUGGUGAUCUGUCUACCCUGCUUGAUCCUAGUGUGAUUAAUGGGGAAAUAUUGCACCAUAACAUGACCCAGAUAACAGUCAGAGGGGUUGUCCAGGCUCCUGAAGGUCAUCCAGAUAACCUACCAAACUGGAUACUGACUGCCAUGAAAUGUAUGGCACAUUGGCCGAAUGCAGCAGAUGCAACGUGUAACAUUCCAAACUACCCUGGUGUUGAAAGAGAUGUUUUCAAGAUUGUUCGGGAUUUUUUUACAAAUUUGGUGGUUCCAUUAGUACCUUGUGAGCUGUAUGAUGCCGUCAUCAGACUAUAUAUUGGAGCUGAAUUUUUAGAUAUUGCUUGUAGAUCAUCCAGUUCAGAUGGGAAAAGUAGUGUGACAUGUAAAGGAAAUGAAGGGAGCUACAUACACAACAAUCUGGAAGGAAGUGACUCUGUGGAAAAUCUGAUUUUGAAUAUGAGUAUUUCCAGCCAACAGAAAACCUCCACCCCAUGUCUGGAAACUGGAGGCCUCGCUUACGAUGCGAAUAACUCACAUCACAGCAAGACUAAAAUGUAUCGAAGGGUAGAAUCAGAAAAGAAAGUUGGAAGUGAACUUUAUACUCCUGUACUCCCUCAUAAGGAUUUUGAGAAUUUGUCAAACCCUCAGUCACUGAAGUUGCAGAAAUUGAAAAAUUACACAGAUUUCAAAGAGGAUAAUCUGUACCCAACUCUUUUAGAAGGGAGCUGUGAAACUUCUAGUCUUGGGCUUUACUAUAAUAACUUAGAUAAGUCUAAAAAUGGCAGUUUCCCUGCGAAAGUUUUUGGUGAAUCUGUAGUUUCAAAACAAGCAGAGACAGUGAGAUCUGUGAAAACAAAUGAUCUUGCCAGGAGAAUGAAGAAAGAGAAUAAAGAAACAGCUGUUGAAAACUUCAAUAUUCUUAAGAGUAAUGAAAUUGAAGGAUUUUCUCUGCCUCAGAACUGUUGCUUUGAGACAGCCUUUACAUCUGAUAGCCCAAAAACUCGUAUCAUUCCUCAGAAAUCUGUAGACACUGUGCACUUGAAAGAUAGGGAAAGAAACAUUGGAAAUUCCCGCCCAAGACCCGUGAGUAUCGCAGUAACAUCUUUAGCAGGACUGGAUGUUCAUUCUUCUGACAUUCACUACCCUUGGGAUACUACUAUGGGAGAAAAUAUGACAGAUGCCUUAGACAUGAUGAGUAAAUCUAGUGUUUUAUCUUCAACUGUUAGUGGUAAGUAUGUGACAGCUCCCAUCAACUCCCCUUUAAGUCGCUCAAGAUCAGCAGGAAAUUUGCGAAGUCUAGUCGAGUGUAACACCUCUCAGAAACCCUCUGAAUCUCCUGCAGUCAGUAGCAAUCCUUAUAAAUCUUUGGCUAAUAGAUUGUUGGAUUCAGUGAAGAGAAAAUCUUCCCAAAAUACAUCCAUUUGCCAAAAGCAAAUUAAUCACAAUCGAAGCCUCAAUGAAAAGCAUUCUGGGAGCAAGAUACGUCAUCUCCGAACUAAAUCUGGUGGGUACAUGAACCCUGUUCUAGUUACUGGGUCAGAUAAUGAUGAAGUAAGGAGUAUUCAGUCUUAUGUUUCUGAUAAAGAGAAUAAUCCUAGGGCAAGUCAUUUCCGAACCAAAUCGGGAGGGUUUUUGAAUUUGGCAUUAGCACCAUUGCAGCAUAGUGUGGACCAGAUGGAUUCCUUUGAAACUAUUUCUUCUGCACCCACUGUGAACACAGAUUUGUCCCUCCAUGAUGGCAUUCCCACCUCUAAUUCACAGUGUUCCAGUUAUCAUGGUUACUGCAAGCCCACAGAUUCUGCCAACCAAAGUCGAAGUCGAAUUUCCACACCUGACGGUUGCCUCAGUCAUGUCUUGUCAUCCUCUUCCUCCAUUGGUUCAUCUGGUAAUAGUAUUUACUAUUCUGUAUGUUCACACGCAAGCAGAAAUAAUACACCAACUCUACCUGAUCAUCCAUUUUCAGAAAGAGGAAGGCGUCCAAUUAGGGACAGUGACAGUGUUUGUUCUUCUCACAAAGCUGUAGGGAACGAAGCAUCCACUUCUUCAGCUGAUGUAGAACUUUCAAAGCGCCUUUCUCUCUCAGCCAAUGAACUCAGUGAUGGUUGGGCUGAUAGGACCCCUUAUGGACAGGUUCCACCUUACGCACAGGGCGGAGUGUGGCGUCAUUAUCAUUCCUCCCCAAGUAAGCGGCUGAUUGGAAGGAAAAGAGGGACAGAAAGUUUCUUUGGGAGCAAAGCUUGUUUGCCUGGACUCCUAACUAGAGAAGGGAAGGAGGCAGCCAUCACUUCCAUACAACUCAUGAUAUUGAUGCUUGAACCAGUUCGACGUAGAAAACUGCAUCUUCUUUUGAGAAUGAUGAAGAAGAUGUCACAUAAUGAAAAGCUGGCUAUCUCAGAUAAACAGACUACAAGGGCUAUGGUUCUUGAUACUUUUACACGUAGUAUCCUUCUGUGUAGUCAAGAAGCUGACUAUGAUGAACUUUUGUCAUUGCGAAUUGUAUCUUUUAUGAUGGACAACCAUGAAGAGAUUAUGCGUCCUCCACAAGAUAUGGCAGUUGUGGUGCAUCGUAAACUUACACAAAUGCAGCGUAGCCAGAUUGUGUACGAUUCUACUCUGUGGGACAGGAGUAUGACACUCACUUAUUGCCAGCAGGUCUCCCAGGAACAGUAUGAGCGACAGCGUUUGACGGGCUCACAACAAUUUUUAGUACAACUCCUGGAUCAAAUCCUUAUGAAUGACAAGCUGAGUAAUAAGGAAAAGAGAAAAAAAUUGAAAGAGUUCAAAUCUCUUUAUCCAGAAGUGUAUAAAGAGCGGUGUCCUCAGGAAGCGAUGGAGAAGACAGAAAACCGAAGCCUCAAAUUUAAGAAUCUCAUGAAGUUUUCCUCUUUCACUUCACUCAGAAGACGUCGAACAUUGAGGUUAUAGAUGGACUCAAAUUUAGUGUGGGUUUUACAUUUUAAGAGGGAGGACAUUGUAUUGUGUAAGUUUGGGUCAAUUUUUCCUUGUAAUUGCCAUACAGCUCUCUGGCAUAUAAUGCAAACUAAAGUUCCUUUAACUAUCCUUUAGGGCUACUCAUUUUUGUUAAUCACAGCAAAAUUUUGUGAAGCUACACAGGUGAGUGUAUCCAUGCAAGAAAAAGUUAUCUUCUUGCUGACGUAGAAAAAGAUAUGAAUUUGAAGCAGAUCCCUGAUGUAAACCAACGCUUACUGGUAUACAUUCAGUUUGUAUAACAAUGCUUCUAACCUGGUUCUCCCUUUGCUCACACAACCCUACAAACCUCUUGGUAUAGGAUUCUGUCACAAGCCUUUUCCUUGCCUGUGAAUACUAUGUGCAGUCCUUUCUGCUUUUCUGUGUUUUUCCAUCAUCUGUCAAAGGGCAAACAAACACUGCACCCAUCAUUCUCCCUGGCAUUAAACUAAACUGUUCUUCACCUACAGAGAUGUUUCUUCCGUAAUCCUUUGAUCCAUUAUUCUUUCCCAGAUUUUCAUGGUGUGAGACAUUAGCUUUAUCCCUCCUGUAAUAUUCACAAUCUUGGAUGUCACCCUCUCUUUAUAGACAGGCACAAUAAAGCUUUCUCUCCAUUCUUUGGUUAUCUUUUCUUGGCAGUAUAUUUUCUAAGUAGGUCCCACAGCAUGUCCAUUCCUCCCCUUCCUCCUAGGCUCUUCCACACUUCUGCUGAAAUUCCUUCUGGUCCUAUUGCUUUACCAUUUCUCUUCUUCGUUAGUGCCUUUAACUUCUCCCUCUUCUAUGGGCUUGCUUCUUUAACUGGGGGUGUCCACUACCCAUUUAUCACGGGGCAAGUGAGACCCCUGCAUGUUGCCUACAGUGGACAGCUUAGCACUAUCCAAUUUCUUGUGAAAACCCACUGCCAUAUUUGCUUCUGGCUGAAUUUUACAACUAGAUGCCCUGUCUGGUGCCUACCCUCCCCAUUUAUUUGAGCUUGUUCCCACUGUCUAAGAUAUGUAUAUAUUACUGUUACUCUGUAACUUACAAUGUGCCAUAUAUUUUACACAAAUAGAAGGUACAAUUUAUAUACUAGAGUGAAGGGGUAAAGUGCUGGUUAUCAAGAGAAAAGGUUUCCCUAAUGACAGUUGUAUGCUAACAAGUGAUCUGGAGUUGCAUGGAUAGACUCACACUGCAGAGUUUGAUUAAUAUGAAAUAAAUGGGUCUAAUUAGUUCUAAAGCCAUUGUGAUGGUAUAAAAAAUUCUUUGAUUUACCUGGGUAAAACUGGAAUCUUCACAAAGGAAGGGUAAUUUUUAAAAUUUUCUUGUAAGAGAAAUGUAUUGUUUGUUACUGUACAGUAUAUAUAAUUGAUAUGUAUUCUUGUAUAUAACCCUUUGGAACAAAUUAUCUGCUCUGAUGUCAUCAGUCUUGUCACACUGCAAUUUCCAAUUAGGCUACAUAUAAAGUCUAUAAUUCAAGUAUAAGGUAGGCUUAGAAAGAUGAAAGGCAUAGGAUUAAACUAUUUCAAUGAACUCAAGGUUUUAAGUAGGACCUAUUAUAAGAAUCUUAUCAUGAAUUUUAUUUUAUCAGUGAAAGUUAGUUUUUGAAAUGAAAUAUAGCUUUUACUUCCAUGUCAGCGGCAGUAAAGGCUACAUGUAUAAUGGAGAGGUAAGUAUUUAUUUAGAAAAUAAAUCUUAAGUAUUUAUAUUUUUAUCAUUACAGCAGAAUUCUGUGAAGCUUCUUAAGUAUUUAUAUUUUUAGCAGUACGGCAGAGCUCUGAAGCUUCUUUGAGACAAAAAAUUGUGCCAUGGUCUAGUAUAUUGGGAGUACUGUAUAGGGAAAUUAGAAACAGUUUUAUACAUUUGCUCUUUUGUGAUACAUUAUGCCUUCUUAUCAUGCUAUUUUUUUCUACAUGUACCUGUUAUAUCCUCUUCUUUUGUAUCUUGUUAUGCGACAAUAUUUCCUCAAAGAAUUUGUGCAAUACAUGAUUUGCUUAUGGAUGUUUUCUUACAUGAAUGUCUGUAGUUUGCUAAAGUAUUAUAUUUAUGAUUAUGAAGAUAAUUACAAAUCAGUGCAAAA